AUGCUCUGUACUUGUUUUUGUUAAGUUAAUUUAAUUAAUURGCCAAUAAUCUUAAACUAAUGUUAGUGAGUUGAUAAAGUGAAAACAAAAAUAUAAUGGAGGAAAACGCAAAAGCUGACAAAAUUAUAUCACAGGCAACACAAUGGAGUUUCGAAGGCGAUUGCUCCUUGCUCGMUUGGAUGCAAGAACUUUCACAGCAUAUAGAACAAAGAGCCACAACAACCAAUGAUGCACUGCAGCAAUUAAACAAAAAUGUUAAACGCACUGCAAUAGCGUUGGAUAAUGCGGCUAAUAGUUUAACUGCGCUACAGUAUACGCAAUUUGUGGAGAGCCGCUGCCAUGAUGACGACGAGACACAAMCCACUACAAAGGAAGUGGAAGCGGUAGCUGCGGCAACAUCUAGUGCAAAAACAAAGUCGCCCAAAGAGGUGCUCGAAACCUUUCUGCAGAAAAAUCUACAAAUGUUACACAGCUGUCAUGAAAAGUAUGCGCUCGAUUUUGAAGACUCCGAUGAAGAUGACAACACAAACACUAAUAACUACAUAUAUCAACCGAAGAAUCCCUAUAAUGAUGCUUUGCUGCCGCAUAUUUAUGGCAGUAAAUUAUGGAAGGAACACUGGCAUGUAGGACUUUGCGAUGGYUCUAACGAGUACUCGGGCGACGAAGCAUCCGAUGCAUUCUCCGAAUCCUCAAGUUCCUCAGUUGCCGAUAAUGAAUCAUAUGAGAGCAAUACAGGAAAUCUCUCCGAAUGGGCUUCGAGCACUUCCAUACCAAUUGAACAUAAACAYCCCGCUUUGAUGGUGGCUCAAAAAGAGCAUGCUUUACCUGCAGCUGCUGCUGUGCGAAACAAGCAUAUUCCAAGUACACAACAUUUGCAGAGCAAUGAUGACAGCGAUACCUGCUCCACAACGUCUCGAAGUACCACAACGAAUAAGCCACUUAGARGGCGCGAGCACGAUUUAUUUGCUGCUUUACGCCAUGAUACGCCAAUCACCAGUACAUCCACUUCGUCCUCGCCACAACAACAUAUUGCUGCCGUAACGCAAGCCCAACGCACCGCAGUGCCGAAAUCCUCAACGAUAACACCAUUUUUUGAUACCACACCGCCUACAGAUAUUUUCGCGRAUGCGGCAGCGCAGCCACAACCUAACAGCCGUGCGGAAAAUGAAGCAAUCCAACAAAAAUCAACUGYCGGUCAAAUUAAGCGUAAACCUGUGAAUUUAUUCGAUGAUGAUGAUUUCAAYUCAUUCAUGACGGAAGUCGUAGAUAAGGCGCAAACAAARAUUGAACCAGAACAAAAGCAAGCAACACAAUUACCCGUUCCGGCCAGUAGAAGUUUGCCCUCUAGAAGWGCGGACGAUUUGCCACCCGCCCGAACCGUAGACUUAUUUGCCGAACCACCAAGCCUUAAAACACCAGCAACAAAUCAAGUAACCGCGCCAAUAGAAAUUGAAAAACCAAAGGAAACCAUAACUCGAAAACCAGUUAAUCUGUUCGACAGUCCCGAAGGUAGUCCACAAGAUGAUGCGCUCUUCACGACCAACGAUAAAAAGGUUGAGCGGAGUAUUGAAAAGACGAAAGACGWAAUAGCUCCUGCCGUUGCGAAGCCUAGUAUCACUGCUAAGUCGCUGUUUGACGAUGACGACGAUGAUGAUGAUUUCCUAAAUGUGUUUGGCGCUAAGAAGUUAAAUCUGCCGCAGCGUUCGACGGGCAAAACGCUGCUUUUCGACGACGAUAAUGACGAAGUAACACGCCCACCCACAAAUACUCGAACAACAAGCAACCUAUUCGAUUACACACCAACUGCCGAUGAUUUUACGCCCACUACGGAAAUAUUUAAACAAAACAACAACAAUAACAACAAAACGCGCGAUAGCUCCACAGUUAACAGUAUUAUUGGUAGUGCGCCGCCCCAAAAUGCAAAAGCAAGAACUGUAGAAAAAGCUUCAACAAACGCUACCACAACAACAACAACUGCAACAUCUUCGAAUACGAUUUCCAAUUCACAGUUGGUGCAAGCGCCACCGGCGAAACCCGUUAAUAAGCCCUUUMCCGCUAAUCUCUUUGCCGAUGACGAAAAUGACGAUUUAGAUGAACUGUUUGGUAAAAAGUCAGCAAURCAACAACCAGUCAAGACUGUCACCAAUGAGCCAAGUAAAAAUGUGCUUGAAAAGGUGGCAACCACGCAGCCAAUCACAAAUGCAACGGCGCCGAAGAAGAAAUCACUCUUCGAUGACUUGGUAGACGAUGAUGACGAWGAUGAUUUAUUUGGUAAGCCUAGCAAUCACUCAAUCACUCCAAGUAAGGCCUCUCUCCGCGUGGAGAAUCGCACAGGCGACAGUCUAAAAAGCGCAACACUUUUUGGUGAUGAUUUCGAUGAUGAUGCCGAUGAUUUGUUUGCUGUGAAACCGGUCCAGAAAGUAAACCCGAGCACUGCAGUUAGUAAGGAUAAACCGCAGACUGUUUCCAACAAAGAUGAGACGACGCAAGUUUUAAGAGAACAAAAAGAAGACAAGUCUUCCAACCAACAAUUAACGGAUGCGACGCCAAUUGGUGCAGUGAAGAGUGUCAGCGCACAUAAAUCSUUAUUUGAAGAUGGAGAUUUGGAAAAUGCGAAUGAUCUCUUUAAUUUUGCGAAGAAAGAUACGCUUGCCGGUUUGGAGCAGGUCAAAGAAGAGAGCAAUGAUAUUUCACACAGAGCAAAGGCUGGCUCAAGCGCUAUUGGACCCACCCUAUUUGCUUCCAUUUCGGAAGAAGAGAGUGCAGAGUUGAAGCCGCCAGCAAUGAAUGGACUUCUUAGCGAGGCUGAAGAAAAUAUGAGUGAAAGCGCGARGAAGACACUUAUUACUGACGUCACAGCGGAGCAAAUUGACGCCAAGCCGGAAGAAAUUGUCGCCGAUGCUGAAGAGAUUGUCUAUAAUUUAAAGCCGAACUUUGCUGAGACCGAGAAUUUCACGGUGGACCCRACGAGAACCACUCAAAAGAGCACACAAAAGAAAGAAGAGCUUAAAGAAGCUGAAACAUUCGCAGAAACCUGGAAGCACGAUAAGAAUAACGCUGAAAARAAUCUGGAUCCGACAUCGGAGCACACGGUAGAGCAUUCUGUAGAACCCGUAACGUCACAACACCCAACGGAAACAACGCCACCAAUAGCARAGGUUGUUGAGCUCACUGCUGAAGACAGAGAGAACACAGCUGGCCAACAACAAAAAUAUGCCUCCAUCUUUCUCGAUGAACCACCCGAUGAUGAUGACUUCUUCACAACACUCAGCAAUAACACGAAACCGUUAUCUGUCUCGAAACUAACGCUCGACUUGGAAAGUGAUUUCUAUGAACCAGCCUUGCCACAAGUACCGAACUCCGCACGUACUACAACAACUGCAGCGACAACAAACACACAGGCAGGCGCCAGCGAUUAUGGUGGCCUACGUCUAUUUAGCGAAAUCCCACCCGACGACGACGACGACGACGACGAUSAUGAAGAUGGCAAUAAUUUUCAUUCUGCCAAAAACUCCAAACCGACCGCCRAUAACGGCGACGGCGUCAAUCAGCGUUUGCAUAGUGUUUUCUAUGACGACUUCUCCGAGACUUUGGAGGCCGUGCAGCAAAUUAAGGAGAAUAAAAUAGCGGCGMAUGCAUUGUUUGAUGAUGAACCGCCAUCGGAUGAAGAGCCAUUUGCUAUUCGAACAGUAGAGACACCGAAAAAUGUGGUGGAAACAACAGCCGSAAAAGCGGAUACAGAAAUAAGUGAAGUUGAACAAGAAAAGGCGUACAGUGGAGCUGAAACCACGAAAGAUGUCACUGAUCGUGCAGUGCCAAAGUUGGAAGACACUGCAGCGCCGGAUAAACCGCCCGCUGCCGCUGGCAAACUGCAAAUGCCAAACAUCAAGAUCAAUGUACAAGCACUGCUGCCCGGCGGUGGCGGCAGACCGAGUUUCAAAAAGUCUCCAACCACACCCACGGUCUCCACACAUACACCUCCGACAAGUGAAAUUUCCUUACCGCCUCCAGCUGCUAAGUUGAGCAAAGCGACCUCGAGCGCAAGCUUAAAAUCCACGGUAUCCACAGAAUCGGCUAAUGAGAGCCUGCUGCCRAGCGUUUGCAAAACUCGCGUGCGUGCGCCAGCCGGCAGGCGACCGUCCACGCGCAGGGCGCGUCAAGAAAACUAUCGUCAAUCGCUCAUCGCGGAGCAGUCGGACCACUUASUGGACUAUGCCGGUUCGGAAACUGCGUCCAGCAGCAGCCGGAUAACACGAAAGCCAACAAAUCAAAAUGAAAGUGAAAGCAGAACUGUACCAUCAACGUCAAGCAGCGUUAUCAAAGCACCAGCAAGCAUUGAAAUUCCUAAGCCAACAAACUUAUUCCUGCACGAAGACGCUGACGCGGAUGACUACGACACACUUUUUAAGUCAGCGCAGACAACCAGAACUCAAAGUGGCRAUAAUGUCCAGCAGRCGUUGCAUAUAAAGACAGCCAAUGACUUGAGUGAGCCCGGCCCGUCUCCACAAACGAAYCCAACGCAAGCSACAACAAAAAAUAAAGUGGAUUUCGUCGRGAGCGAUGGCGACGAUGACGACGAUCUGUUUAAGCGCGUGCGGAUCGCGCCCUCAAGCGCAGCGCUGAGGCCAGUGAACAACAGCAAAGCAGCAAUUAUAACARCAAUUACACAAAGCGUACCACCAACUACAACAACAACAACAAAAUCGCUUUUCGGCAACGCGCCAAGUGAAGACUCCGAUGAAGAUCUCUUCAAAAGCAGCAAAUCGCUACAAAGCACAGCCGCGGGAACAACCGCGAAGGCGCCAAGUCCGCUUACAACAACAGCAGCCGCAGCUUCAUCGGCAAGCGAUGCAACUGUUGAGCCGAAGCCCAAAACCGAGUAUAAAUUAGACUCCAUUUUCGGGAGCGACGAUGAGGACGACGAUUUUCUGUCGCAACUUAAGCCCAAAACGAAAGCAACAGCGAGCUUGUUAACAACCAGCGCGAGCAGUUCGGCGAAGCCGUCAACUUCGGCCAGCGCUGGCCUGUUUAGUGAUAUCGAAAGUGAUGAAGACGAUCUGUUUGGCGCCAAAAGCAAGACAAAACAUACCACGGAUAAGGCGAAAGGCGUUACAGCAACGUUGGCCUCCGCCAGCAACAAACAAAAGCCAGUUACAACAAAGCAACAGCCCCUCGACAAGCAAAAGAYUUUAGCGGAUAAUCCUUUAGCAGAUCUGUUAAAUCCAUAACAGGUCGCCUUGCUUGCUUCGGCGGCCUUCCAAUAGCAAAUUACCGCUGUAGUAGCGAAGAAAUAUCAACGAAAGUGCAUUAACCGUUAAACACAUUUAUUUUCCUUGCACCGCAUUGUGUGUUGUGCAUAAGUAUUUAGCGAACAAAAGUAAAAAACUUAUAUUGAAUUUUUAAUUAAUUUUUUUAUGAUUUCAAUUUAUUUUAUAUUAUA